UAAGUAAAACAAAACAGGAAACGCUCGGGUGAGAAACAUAAUAGCACACUGGCUAACGCUAAAUAUCAAAUAUAACGGACAAUUAAAGAUUUUCCAUGACACAUUUACGUAGUGUGUAACUGUGUAAUGUGCAUUUCAUUUGCAGUUGAAUAGUCUGGCUAAGGUAAUGUAGAUUAUUUUUGUCUUAAAAAAACUUGGCUAGCUAGCGUUGGCUAGUUGGCUGUCCAGCGUAUAAUGUUAGCUAAUUAGCUGCCGAAAAUACACGUAACUAAAGUGUUUAGCUCGACAGAGAGUGCCAUGGAAGGCUCCAAAUCUUCGAGCACCACCAUGCAGGUGAGCUUCGUGUGUCAGCGUUGUAGCCAACCGCUGAAACUUGACACCUCAUUCAACGUCCUGGACCGGGUCACCAUUCAUGAACUUAUCGCUCCACUGGUCUCAGUGACCCCGAGUAAACAGGCAGAAAGCAGUGAUGCUGACAGUCCGCCUGAGGAGACAUUUGUGGAGAAUAAGCAUGAUGGCGUCUCCAGGAAAUACAUCCCUCCUGCAAGGAUGAUGUCCACAGAAAGUGCAAACAGCUUCACUCUUAUUGGCGAAGCGUCAGAUGGGGGCACCAUGGAGAACCUGAGCCGUAGGCUGAAGGUCACAAGUGACCUGUUUGACAUUAUGUCAGGGCAGACAGACGUGGACCACCCGCUGUGUGAAGAGUGCACCGACACGCUGCUGGACCACCUGGACACCCAGCUCAACAUCACUGAAAAUGAGUGCCAGAACUACAAGAACUGUCUGGAGCUGCUGUCCCAGCUGCAGGAGGAGGACAAGGGCACCCUGCUGUCUCAGCUGCAGCAGCUGCGGCAGGAAGAGGACCAGCUCAUCCAGGAGCUGGAGGCCAUCGAGAAGCAGCGUGAGGCCGUUGCAAUGGAGCUGGGGGAGGCACGGAGCCACGCCCAGCAGCUGGACGCCGAGGAGCUACAGUAUCAGAAGGAGUACUGCGAGUUCAAACGGCAGCAGCUGGACCUGGAUGAUGAGCUGAAGAGUGUGGACAACCAGAUGCGCUACUGUCAGACCCAGCUGGACAGACUGAAGAAGACCAACGUCUUCAACGCCACCUUCCAUAUCUGGCACAGUGGACAGUUUGGGACCAUAAAUAACUUCCGUCUCGGACGUUUACCCAGCGUACCUGUGGAGUGGAACGAGAUUAACGCAGCCUGGGGACAGACUGUGCUCCUUCUGCAUGCGCUAGCCAACAAGAUGGGCCUGCGUUUCCAGAGAUACCGUCUAGUUCCAUAUGGAAACCACUCAUACCUGGAGUCCCUUACAGACAAGUCCAAGGAGUUACCGCUCUACUGCUCAGGUGGCCUGCGGUUCUUCUGGGAUAAUAAGUUUGACCACGCAAUGGUGGCCUUCUUAGACUGUGUACAGCAGUUUAAAGAGGAGGUUGAGAAGGGGGACACUGGAUUCUGUCUGCCGUACAGAAUGGACGUGGACAAGGGCAAGAUUGAAGACACAGGUGGGACUGGAGGGUCUUACUCCAUCAAGACUCAGUUUAACUCAGAGGAGCAGUGGACCAAAGCCCUCAAGUUCAUGCUCACCAACCUCAAAUGGGGUCUGGCCUGGGUCUCCUCCCAGUUCUACAACCGCUAAUAGAGUCCUAAGCACAGGUCUGAUCUCAGAUCCACAGCUCUCCGUACGAUCUACAUUAUAGGCAUGUGAUCUACUCUAUGGACAUCUGAUGGGAAAUUCUGAGGAGCUUUGAGCUCUUUGGAAAGGGCAUAAUUACACACAAGUGCAUGGAUGCCCUCUAUAACCACACAGACUGGACCAACACAGUAAUUAUUCUACUUGCUAUGAGUGACAGCUCACUAGAGAAAUCAAGUAGUGAUCUAGAGGAUUUGAACAAGUUUGCCAAGAGCAGGACCAGCCCAGCCUGAUUCUGCCUACUUAAUUUGCUGCAAAACUAUAAUUAGCUAUAAUACUAUAAUUAGGGAUGAAAACUAAUUAUAUGAUAGCUAUUCUAUUCGGAUGCUCCAGGGUGACAUUUACAUGGUGCAUUGUACGUUAAUGUCUGCACAGCAGAUCGGUAUUGGCGCUCACUUCAAACAUGACUAUUAAGCUGGUGUAGGGGUGUGGGUAUACCUGGUUUUGAAAUUGUUUAAAGUACAGUGACCCAUCUUCCAAAGAUGAACAUUUAUUGCCAUUUUCCUUCGUCACACCAGGAUCCUUCAAAACCCGAGCAUAGCACAUUACAGUGGAUGUUGCAGUUUUGCUGUGGUGGGCAGGAACCAAAUAAAUACAAAUGUGUGUCUGCUUCAGUUGGCCUUUUUUAAUAUUUUCUAAUCUUUCUCAUUUGUGACUAUGCUGACACUGUGCAGAGGCUUCACAGACAAGAAAGUAGACCCAUUAACAAAUGCUUAGAUUUCCUGUCGUCAAAGUGCUUUGUCAUUUCUGUAGUUCAAGGCAGCGAUCCAGUCAACUAACUCAAGUGUUCUGAGAUUACUGGGGUAGUUUAACACCCCCAGGAAAUAUCACACAGAACAGACUGCCUGUCAAUUCUGUAUUGUCCAUGUCAAGCAGAAGCAGCUGGAAACAAUUCUUAAAGUUUCUACCACUGACAUUUGAGCAUUUAAUAUAUACUACACAUUUAUUUUACUAAUGACAAAAACACUGAUUUAAUGUGUCCAAAGUCUUUUUUUUUUUAAGGCAGUUCCUUAUCGAAACAUGCAUAAACAGCUUUUCAUAAAGGCUGGACAAUGGAUUAAAAACAUUGUUUCCUAAAAUGUUUAACAUUUAUAAAAAUAUACAUUUGAGAAAAACAUCUUUAUGGUGUUUAUUCCCUUCCCCAUAACUUUACUUAUUUAUACACUGAACCUUGGUAUUAAAAAAGACAAAAGUAAAGACAUGAGGAAUAGAAAUGACUGAAUAGAAAUGUUUUAAACGGCUAAAAGGGUUUAUGUAAAACUGAACAGCAUUCUGCUUUAACUUAAAUCACUGUAAAAAAAAAAACAAGCAUUGAAAAUAGGCUACAAAAUUAAGCUGUCAUUUUAAAUAAAGUUUAAGAAUUUUAAAAAAGGGUUUCAUAAAAUAAGCCAUUAUACUGUUCCUAAUUUUUUUUUUUUUUUUUUUUUUUUUUUAAUUCUAAUUAAUUGCACAAAGCUAACAGAAUUUAAACUGGCCACUGACAAUGGACUCCAGAGCUUUGGCACCUGCUGCUGCUGAAUACAGGGCUAAAAGUUACCGUGUGACCAGGCUAUCCACAGGUACGUUGGCCCCGGGGCCCCACUCCCCAGCCUGGUGUCAGGCUGCCUCAGAACUGGAGGGACAGGGUGUAAAGCACUGCAAUUCAUCCCCAAGUUACAGCUAAGGGACAGCCCUGCUGCUUUAGUCCUCGACUCGGGGAAAUCCAGAACUCUCAAACUCACUCCCCAACCUUCAGGUAAAUGGAAAGUUAUCUGGUCAAGGCUACAAAAAAAAAAAAAAAA